AUGGGCACCGGAAAGAAGGAGGCCGCUCGUAAAGAGCGGCAGGGAAAGGUCGGCGAUGGCAUGGGGAACGUGAGAACCAAAGGUGAAAACUUCUAUCGCUCGGCAAAGAAGGUGAAGCACCUGAACAUGUUCAAGGAUGGUAAGGCUCGGCGCAACGCUCAGGGAGACAUCACUGUCGCUGCCUCUUACCAGUCCCGGGACGCCCCCGUUGCUCGCAUUGAGCCCAACCGUAAAUGGUUUGGCAACACUCGAGUUAUCUCGCAAGAAGCUCUUUCGUCCUUCCGCGAAGCCGUCGCCGAGCGUGCCUCGGACCCGUACCAAGUGCUCCUCAAGACCAACAAGCUACCUAUGAGUUUGAUUCGGGACAAUGACAGUGUGAACGGGCUCAAGCAACAUCAAGCCAAGAUGGAGAUCGAAAAUAACCCAUUCGGUGACACAUUUGGCCCCAAGGCGCAACGAAAGCGUGUCAAGCUGGGUGUCUCUUCUCUGGAGGACCUCGCUGGCGAAACUGUCAAGAACCAAGAGUCAUACCACGAGAAGUUGGAUGAGGGAUUCCACGCCGAUGGUACUCCCAUCGUUGCUGGUGAUAUCGGUGAAAAGGAGGACGUUUCCCUCACCACCGCUCGCGAGUCAGUCUUCUCUAAGGGUCAGAGCAAGCGUAUCUGGAACGAACUGUACAAGGUUAUCGACUCUUCCGAUGUCGUUAUUCAUUGUCUAGAUGCGCGUGAUCCCAACGGCACUCGCUGCCGCAGCAUUGAGAAGUACAUCCGUGAGGAGGCUCCUCACAAGCAUCUCAUCUUCGUCCUGAACAAGUGUGAUCUUGUUCCGACCGGUGUUGCUGCCGCUUGGGUACGCCAUUUGUCUAAGGAUUAUCCGACUUUGGCAUUCCACGCCUCCAUCAACAACUCCUUUGGCAAGGGUUCUUUGAUCCAGCUUCUUCGUCAGUUCUCAUCUCUGCACUCCGACCGCAAGCAGAUCUCUGUUGGCCUGAUCGGUUAUCCCAAUACGGGCAAGUCCUCCAUCAUCAACACUCUUCGCAAGAAGAAGGUCUGCACUGUCGCUCCCAUUCCUGGUGAGACCAAGGUGUGGCAGUAUGUCACUCUGAUGAAGAGAAUUUACCUCAUUGAUUGCCCCGGUGUCGUCCCGCCCAACCAGAAUGACACCGAGGAGGACAUUCUCCUUCGUGGUGUCUGCCGUGUGGAGAACGUCGAGAAUCCGGAGCAAUACAUCCCUGCUGUCCUUCGCCGUGUGCAGCCCCGUCACCUGGAGCGUACCUACGGUAUCAAAGAGCCCACCGAUGCCAUAGACUUUCUGAGCCGACUUGCCCGCAAAGGUGGUCGUCUGCUCAAGGGUGGUGAGCCGGACUUGGACGGUGUCGCCAAGAUGGUGAUCAAUGACUUCCUGCGUGGAAAGACUCCUUGGUUCACCCCGCCUCCCAAGGGUGAUGACGGCGAUGACCUGAAAAUCGAAGGUCGUGAGGGCCGCCUUGGUGAGAUGGGCCGCAAGCGCAAGAUUGAUGAGAAGACCGACGAGCCUGCCGAUGACGUCGAGUCUGAGUCCUCUGAGUCCGGUCCCGAGUUUGAAGGCUUCAACGAGGGCGAGGACGACGACGACGAUGACAACGACUCCAUCGCCAACCUGGAGAUCAGUGAUGUGGAGAGUGGUGAGGAGGAUUGA